CUGGUGUUCGGCGCGCUGACCAUGAUGUCGGGGCUGGUGGGCGUGCCGCUUGGCGCGUGGCUCGGCGCGGCGCUCAUCACCCGCUGGGGCCGCGCCCACGCCCUGCUGUGUGCCGCGGGGCUGCUGCUGUCCGCGCCCGCCAUGACGCUCGCCAUCUUCCUCACGGACAAGCACUACUACGCUCCAUUCGCGCUCAUGUUCUUUGCCGAGCUAACGCUCAAUCUCAACUGGGCUAUCGUUGCUGAUAUGUCGCUGUAUGUGGUGAUACCACCAAGAAGAUCAACUGCAGAGGCGUUCCAGAUUUUGAUCUCACAUAUGUUUGGUGAUGCUGGCAGUCCCUAUUUGGUUGGAGUUAUAUCGGAGAACUUGAAGAGAUCACUUUCACCUUUCGAACAACCUAGCAACAGUGUCAGAUUUAGAUCGCUUCAGUACGCCCUGUUUGUUACAUGUUUCGUAGAGGUUAUUGGAGGAAUUUUCUUCCUACUGACGGCUAUUUACAUUGUGAGAGAUAAACUUAGAGUUGAACGAGAAAUUGCAGAAGCCGAUGCACAAAGUGCUGAACCGUCUCACAGCAACGCACAAGAAAAUCCCAGCGGUGUAUAA